AUGUUGGCCAAUAAGGAUUAUUUCCUAGCUGGAGAAGAUUGCAAACACGAUUGCCAGGAUUUUUAUGAGAAUGGAACAAAUGUUAUCGAAUAUUCCCAAACUAUUAUUCAAAAGAUUCAAAAGGUCCAAAAAGUUCAACAUUCUAAAAUGGUAAAAGUUAAACAGGAACGUAAAAGAGAAAUAGCGCAUGAUAUCACAACGAUUAACGGCAAUAGUAAUAGUAGCGGUUUGACAACUCAUGGUCAAGUGACCUCAACGGCAAGGAGACGACAUCGCACGACUUUCACCCAAGAACAAUUAUCAUCCUUGGAAUUAGCCUUUUCGAAAAGCCAUUAUCCAGACGUUUAUUCCCGUGAAGAUUUAGCUAAAUUGACUAAAUUAAACGAGGCCCGGAUACAAGUAUGGUUUCAAAAUAGGAGAGCUAAAUACCGAAAACAGGAAAAAAUACUAAAUCCAAGCAAGUCUCCUGCUACAAAAUUUCAAAAUUGUGAUAGAAUUAAACUAAUGCAGAGAUCAAUACCAACCCCCUAUAUCCAAGUGUAUUCACCUAUAAAUAUCAAAAACACUUCUAAAGGAUCAAACUCUAUUGAAAUUACACCUGACACUUACAGAUCAAGUAUUUCAGUUCCCCUAAAUAAUUCUGAAACCCCUACCAAAUACAAUUUUAACGAGAAGAUCUCUAUAACAAGUAAUAUUGAUGGCAAUAUUAAUCAUAUCAUACCAUACCCCAGACACCAAGGAACCAGUCAGGAUCUAUAUUAUUCUACAUACGAUAAAUUUAAUACUCAUUGUUACGAAAAAUAUCCGAUCUUCCCCGUGGACUAUAAAGAGCCAUCAUUGUAUUAUCCUAAUCAACCAAAUUUACUUAACCAGUCUGCCGAACCCACGUCUUAUUUCAAUGUGUAUGAAGAAGGUAGCGGGCAUCUUCAUAUGGCCUAUCAUCAUUCUAAAAAUGCCAUGUACAAUGAAUCCAUGACAACUAACAUCAGGGAAACUAAUUAUUUUAAAAAUGACGAAGAAAAUAAAUUCUAA